AUGAGGUCUCCUCUUGCUUUUGGCACCGUCCUCGCGACGGCACUCCCCCUUCUUGCCACGGCCCAGAGGCUGAACAAACCUGCCCUGACGCCGAACCUGGACUAUCUUGAACAGGGGAACAUUGACAAUCUUCAUCCGACUCACAGCACCUGGGACAAGUGGGGGCCUGGUUGGAUCCCCGCCGAUUGCAAGAGCAUCGCGCAGAACGAAGGCAAGAAUCCGGAUGAUUUCGAGAUUUACAACGUCCACUAUGACGACUGUAGUGAUGCUUGGGUGUUCUGCCGCCACAAGGACAGCAACGUCGAUCUUGUGACAACAAUUGACAUCUUUGGCCGACUUCCUGUGAAGAUGCGUAGCUGGGUCCGCCAUGUCAUCACCAUCCCCGGUGACAGCUGGGCAUACAACUCCAACGGCAACAUUGCAUUCUUUGGCACGACCAGCAGCAGCAUGGACGUGGCAAUCCAUGAGACGGGCCACAGUCUUGACUUGCUCGGAGCUUACUGGGGCAAGACAUUCUCUGACAGCAGCACUUGGCUAGACAACUACAACCAGGAUCCGAACGUACCUGAUGAAUAUGCUCAAACGAAUCAGGUCGAAAACGUCGCGCAAAACACCGUCGUGGGUGUCUACGACAAGGUCGUCCCUGGCGGCUUCGGUUCCGUCCAACCCAACUGGCACAACAUCUUCCACCAGUACGCCACUCUCCAAUGGGGUGCCGGCGACCAGAUCAUUCCUGGCGGAACGUGUGACCGCCAUCUGCAGAAUUCGGAGACUGUUCCGACGGGCAAUUCGGCUCUUGCGUUUAACGCUGUCAACAGGCCGGAUACUUCCCUGAAAGGCAACUACAGCAACAUCGUCACGGAUUUCAAGGAGUUCAGUACGAGGGGAAAUUGCAGGAUUUGA